AUGCCUUCUACCAGCCAGAUCGUUUCUGCCCUCGCUGCCACCGCCGUUGUCGGCGUUCAGGCCGCCAUGGGCCCUGCCUUCAGCACCGGCCCUGUCGCCUCCAACUCUUGGAUUCGUGAGGCCACCUCCACUCUCGUCCUUCCUGACGUUCCCUCCAACAGCAAGGGCGUCGCCUCUCUCUGGGUCGGUAUGGGUACCUCCAACGGUGAUCUCAUCCAGUCUAUUGCCGACAACUGGCAAUCCGACAAGUGGUCCAUCUUCGCCUACACCCUCGUGAAGACUGGCGACAACUCGCAGAUGCCCGUUCAGACUGAAGGCACCCCCGCUGGCGAGGGUGACAAGAUUACCAUGCACUACAAGUUCGACGAUGCCUCCGGCAACUACACCCAGACCGUUUCCAUCAACGACAAGGUGGUCUCGACUCUGUCCACCAGCAGCGGACACGCUCAGGGCUGGGGCUCUGCCGUUGAGUGCGGCGAGAACGACUGCGGCACCAUCGGCGCCCACUCUUGGAUCAACACCAAGAUCAUCCUGGACAAGGCUGACCCCAACUACAUCAGCACCAACGGCAAGGGCCAAGGUGUCACCGGCGAGAUGUCCACCAGCGACGGCGGCAAGACUUGGGCCGUCAGCACCAUUGAGAUCCCCGAGUUCACCUUCGGCCAGUAA